AUGGCCUCACUAGGCCUUGAAUACCUCGAAUACCUGCUAUCCUCGGAUUCCGAGACAGAGAUCGUCCCCGAGUCUCCACCCACCGAGCCAAUCACCAAGCCAAUCACCGAGCCAAGCACUGAGCCGCCAAGCACUGAGCCGCCAAGCACCCAGCUGCCAAGUACCGAGUCCACACCAAGCUUUACGUUCCCGCUUCCGCCAAUAGACCAGACGUACCCUACCUCGGAGGAAGCGAUUGUCUCGAUUAAUACCUUUGCACGCCCGCAUGGAUAUGCAGUCACCUCUAAGCGUUCAAAAAACACUAAGAAAGGGGUGAAAAAGGCUGUCUAUCUCUGCUGCGACCGUGGCUGUAUAUAUAUACCACAGGACUUAGAGAAGAAACGACGGACAACUACACUUGCCAAUAAUUGUCCCUUUGCAAUAACUCUUCGCCUCGACCUCUAUAUAGACAUUUAG